AUGAGACAUUUCCUUACCGUACUCCUCAUUGUUUCUCUAUUUUGUGCGUUGACCGCUGGCAGAAGCCACGUCGGUCAUGCUCAUGGACCAGCUCAUGUCGGCGUUCAUCCUCAUGAGGUUGUCAACGGUGUCGAUGCAUCGAUUGAGCCCGAGGAACAUGUAGAUACGGAUGGGGAUAGCUCGGAGGAGAUUGAUGGAUCUGGGUUGCCGGCUGUC